GGGGGACAGCCUGAUGGGAAUGCAUGGAUUUUUUCAAUAUUGAAGAUUCUUCUUUCCCCUGUUUACAACUACCUGAUGUACAAGGAACCGCGGGACAACAGAUUCAACAUGUCCGAACCCCAACCUACCAUCAAAACCCGAAUCCUCGUCAUCUCAGACACCCACGGCCGCGACAUCAUACAAUGCAAUGAAUCCGCAGACGUGGCCAUCCACUGCGGCGACCUCACUCGGAGAUCCAUGCUAGAAGAAUACGAAGCAGCGAUUACCCUCCUCAAGCGGAUCAACGCGCCCCUCAAACUAGUCAUCGCAGGCAACCACGACUUCACCCUCGAUCCGCCCGCUUACCAGGACAAGAUCCGCGAAGCAGAGAGACUGCAGAUCAUCGACCCGCGGGUGAUUGAGCUCAUGCACGGCACCUCGGCGCAGGUCCGCGAACUAUUUGACCAUGCAGACGUCAGGGAGGAGAGCGGGAUCCGGCUGCUCGACGAAGGGACCCAUCAUUUCACCUUGAACAAUGGCGCGUCCUUGACCGUGUAUGCCAGCCCCUACACGCCCUGCUUUGGCGACUGGGGAUUCCAGUAUAGUUCCGAGGGAGGGCACGACUUUGCAAUCGGGGAUGCGGACGUCGUUAUGACGCAUGGCCCUCCGCGGGGCAUCCUCGACGAUAACACCCUAUCUGAUAAGCUGGCAGGGUGUGAGCAUCUCUUUGAGAAGGUCGCUCGUUCCAGACCGCUCAUGCACUGCUUUGGACAUAUCCAUGGGGGCUGGGGCGCCAAACUGGUCACGUGGAACGAAACACAGGGCGAGAAACCAUCCCAUCUGGCGGAUAUCGACCAUGACAAGUCGACGGUCAUUGAGGAUCUCGCGAGUCUCAAGGCGAGUGGGCGACGGCCGUAUUGCCUGACUGGGCACUCUUCUGAUGAUGCGAAUCCCCUUCAACACGGGACUCAAACUCUGUUUGUCAAUGCUGCUGUGGAGAGCUCUGGUCCGGAUGAUUUUCCUGUCCAUCCUGCUUGGCUGGUUGAUUUGGACUUGCCGGCACAGAGCCAGGAUUGAUUUCAUUGUCCAAGCGAUAUUGACCUUUACUUACCAUGGCACAACAGGGUUACAGGACUUUGUACCGAAUGAAGGUACGGAAAGAAAAGAAGGGAAAUUGAAAAGAGGAAGGAUU